AUGGACAUCAAAAAUUUACUCUGCCAUACUACACAGCAUUAUAAUGAACAGCAAUACGAAAAGCAGGUCUUUGGGUAUUGUCCCGCAUCACCAUCUUCAUGGUCAAGUGCAUCCUCCAAAUCAUCAAUAGAUUCACCUAUUUUAUCACCCACGACGCCUACGCCUAUCACGCCUCCUCAUGCACUACGAAAAAAACUACAUCAAACCCGAACACCAUGGACAUCAUCUGAAGAUUAUUUAUUAGAAAAGGGUUAUUUGCAAGGUUUAUCCUGGGCAAUGAUCUCUUCAAAAUACUUGCCUCAUCGUUCUCGUGGUUGUUGUUGGGGGAGAUUCAGGACGCUGCAGACCAAAGGCACUGAAAAGAAGCAUUGGACUGAAUCCGAGGAUCGUGUAUUACUGGGUGCCAUCAAGAAGCAUACUCGGUUAUUCAAGCAAGCUUGGAGAACUGUAGCAUUGGAUUUGAGUGACAGAGAUUGGAGAGAAUGUGAGAUUCGAUCUGUUCGUAUCUCUGGUAUAUUAGUACAACAACAUCGACAACAACAACAACAACAGCAGCAGCAGCAGCAGCAGCAGCAAGACUAUACAGUAUAUACCUCUGUUUAA